GAGUUACGGCUAAACUCAUACGUCUCGAGACUUGAGGAUUUGAGCCCUGAAAUGAGGAAAAAAGUGAGAACUUUAGCGAUGAUUGAGUUGUCAACAGUUCUCGACAUGUAUGGACUCGAGUUUGAAAAGACUAAGUCUAAGAAAUCCAAGAAAAGGAUAAAAAAGAACUCAGAGAAUGUGUUAUUCGGAGUCCCUUUGGAGCAGAUAUACGGCACAGAUCUCAGACGUGACAGCGGAUCCACUCUGCCAUCCAUAUUGAAAAUCUUAUUUAAUUACAUCCGAAUGAAUGGUCUUCACGAGGAGGGGAUCUUCCGAAUCAAUGGGUCCCAGAAUAGAGUACUGGUCCUCAAACAAGAGUUGGAGCGACUCUUCCACUUGUAUUACACCAAUGGUUACAAAGAG